AAUCUCCAGGGCCACCCUUAAUGCCAAUGAACUUUACAGUGGUCUGUGAAAAUUCCUUGUCCAUAAACUUAUCGUGGAUUUCUAACUUUAAUGGUGGAGAUGAUCAAAGUUUUCAAGUAUCGUAUUCAACUAAUGAGCAUUUGACAGAAUCCCAUAAAGUUCUUGAAACAAAUAUAAAUGAUGAAGGGUAUGGCAAGUCUCACAGUUACACACCUACUAUUGAACUGCAAGGGGAUUUAUGGUUUAGAAUAAAUGCCUCUAACAAAUUUGGAAGUACUACAUCAGAUGUUAUAUAUUGCAGUGCAGUUAAAAAAGUCACUGUUUCUUCGGAUAAUCUUCCAAUAAUUGCUGGGGCAGCUACAGGCGGACUGAUUUUUGCUGGUUUGGUUAUUCUAGGGAUUGUAUUUUUUCUGCGAACAAUGAAAGAAUCAAAAGGAAAAAAGAAAAAUCUCCAUCAAAGUGAUACAAUUCUGACGGAAGAAAGGGAAUCUGAUGAAGGUAUUUAUACUUACUAAAUUUCCUUAUUUUGAACUCAUCUGUAAUAAAA